AUGAAUGGCAACGGUGAUGGGACAAACAGCGAUUUAGCAUGCUUUAUAUCGACCCUCAAACGGAGAAGAAUUCAAGCAGAGCAUGUCAAUGGAGAUGCCCUUCCGCUCGAAGCCAUGAUGCAUGACACGGGAGCCGUGAUUCCUGCAGCUGUGGUAUCACCGCGGAGCGAAUGGGGAGUUUGCCAAACUGUCAAGUUGCUCCAGGAGUUCAAGCUUUACGAUGGAUUCACCAUUUCAAUCAAGAGUGGCGGCCAUGGAUACCUGCACCGGGAUCCAAGCCCUCAUCCCGUCAUCCUACUGAACCUGGGAGCCAUGACCAACCAAUAUAUUUCGAAUGGUACACUGGUGCUUGAGCCAGGCUGCUUGCUCGGUCAGGUCAUGCACACUCUCGCCACGAACCGCAAGGCAGUCCCCCACGGGGAUUGCUUUGGUGUCGGAGUAGGUGGACAUUUCACUACGGCUGGAUGGGAUCUUAUGUUGACUCGGCGGUAUGGACUCGGUUGUCAAUCUGUCAUCGGCGGACGUGUUGUCUUAUGGGAUGGAUCUGUCGUCAGCGUGGAUGAGCAUAGCCACCCAAGACUUUUAUAUGCGUUGCGUGGUGGUGCCGCAGCCGGAGCAGGAGUAGUCACCGAAAUACGUUUGCGGUUGAUUGAUGAGCCAAAGGUGACCACGUGGUGCAACAUUCGCCUCAACAGGGAGCAGGUGGCGGUCUGCGUGACAUCUAGUCUCAUGGACAAGACGCAAAAUUUGCCUCUGGACAUUUCGCCAUCCUUUAAGUUUUACUACGAGUUGGAUGACCCCGAGCCCGUCUGUGCGUUCCGCAUCGCGAGCCUCCUGAGGAAAGAGGAGACAAUUGCCUGUCUUCGGGAGCAUCUGGGGGACCAGAUUGCAUCAUGGGCGGCUGACCUUUCGCAAUGGAACGAGAAACCCCUCAUCGAUUACCGAUUGCAGGUGGCGUCGGAAUUCUUGGCCGCCAAUUUUGGAAUGUUGGCAGAAGCCUCCUCUUUAGCAAUGCUCAAGGACCCUCUAGUCUUCUGGAAGCCGGCCAAUGCGGCUCAUGAAAUGACCAGGUCUUUUAGUGUGCAGACAUCGUCUUGGGUUGUCCCAGAUUGUGAGGCCGUACUACCCAAGUUAUACGAUGCUUUCGAAUUCGCAAAGGACCAUCCUGUUCAUAACCGGAUGUACGCGUUGGUUAUUCUCGGAGCCGGAGCCAUGUCAGAACUACCAGAAAGGUGCUCCAUGCCUUUGGGCAAAGUAUUGAUUCGAUUUGAAUCGCACUGGGAUAACGAGGAGGAACAUGGCCCGUGGUGUCGGGAGCUGACAAGCAAGAUUUCGGACAUUAUCCAGACCAAAGCAGACCUGAAUGUGAAGCGGCCAUUUCGAGGAGACAUUUGGCUGCGUGAACAGGGCGUGGACGCGGAGCUCAAUGGUAUACUGGAGACUUAUGAUCGAAGAUGGCCCAAACCUGCUAUUCUAAAUAGACGUAGCUGA